AUGGAAAGUGCAUAUCUCAAGUGUCAUGUUGGCCCCAUCCUUGCUAAAGCCAUUGCCGAUACUGUGGUGGCACAGCCCAGUAAUCCACAGGAGUAUCUUGCACUUUAUCUGAUCCACUACUUGAAUGUGCAGGAGCAUCGUACUGCCGAGGAUAAUCAUUUGCGAAAGGCGAUCGAGAUCCGCGAGGAAUGUGCGAAAAUACGUAUCCAGAAGGAGAAAGCAGCAGCGGAGACGAUUCGACGAGGUAUUUUACACUUCAAGGAACGCCUGCAAAAGAAGAAGGAACAGGAAAAGGCGCUGAUGGAAAUCUAUGAGGAGGCAACUGCCGAGGCUGAGGAGCUUCUGGAGCAAGAGGACAGCCACCAUGAGGAGCCCGAAGGCGCCGACCGCGAUGGAGGUGCCACGGGUGAUGCCGCGGAUGGGGAAAACCCAGAAGAGCGCAUCACACGCCCGCAGUUUGAGCGACGAAAGGAACGUCUAGACGAGGCCCGAAAUGACUUCUACAUCGCCCAACGGUUUAUGCUAUACCUUCAGAAGACACACAUCGGCCAGCUCAAGACUACCCUGUUGGAUUCCGCCGAGCGCGUCCGCGUCGCGCAGGCGGAGCUGGAGGCUCUUAAGGAGAUUGAACAGCAAAGUGAGGAGGAGGCGCUCCGUGAUACGAAACCACUCCCAUCCGCGCAGGGUAUCAUUGGGAAUGGUCGGAUGUCCGCAAUCGCCACGGAGCUAACCGCGCGCCUUCGGGUGCAGCGCGUGCACAAACGAAUUACCGUCAUCCACGUGCUUUAUCGUGUCUUCCGUUGCCUUUGCUACCUUUUGUUCAAUUCUACCCCAAGGGCGACCGAUACCCCGGCGAAGGUUGCAGCGCUGAUAAAGCCCGCGGUCGUCGUGCAGCUGCUGCGCGCCUUUAACCCCGUUGCGGCCUAUGAUAUGAAUCAGCCGCUAAAACUGGAGAGGAUCUCGUCAAAACUCAAAGGGGAGGACGAAGAAGAAGCGGACGGGGCUGUCGAUGUCUUCCCGAUCCCACAACCCAAAACGCGGCAGCUUCGUCGUGUGCGGCGGAUCAUGCGCAGCUGCCUGUGUGAUGCGGAGUAUAUUUGCGAUGCGGACCCCGCGGAUUACUUCGACGAUGAUACUCUCGGGGAGGAUGAACUUCUGAGGGAUGAGGUCGCGAGGUAUGAGACUGCAAAGGCGCGUAGAAAGGAAAUUGAGGAGACGGUCGAGUCUCAAACUAAGGAGCGCGGCGGUAUCGUACUCUAUGCACUUCUCCGUUUCAUCCGAGCAGCUGCAGACUACCGCGCGGCGCGAGAUGCCUGGAUCGCAACGCUGCACGAGUUAUCUCUUCCGAUUCCCGAAACGGAGGAGAUGCCUGAGGAUGACGAUGAGGACGCCAUGCGGCAGGACGAUGAGGAACCUUUGAAUGACGACGGCGAAGUCGAUUAUGAGGAAAUCAACCGUGUGCAGGCGAGGAUCGGCAUCGACGAAGAUGAGGCCUUGGUGAGGAUAUGGGAAGCUAGGGAUAAGCAACAACAGGGAGUGUUGCAGGAACUCGUGCAGGUAGUCGCCAAGGCAGCUAACGAUGAGGAGGAAGAAGAUGAGAAUGAUGAAAUCGAGUAG